AUGCUUGUGUAUCUAUCAGCUCCAUCGCUGCAGUUCCUUCUCUGUUAUCAGGUCAGUGGUCCUCCACUGGGGGUCAGCUAUGUGACUACCGCUUCCAAAACCUGGAAAGAAGCCCAGAAGUACUGCAGAAAGAACCACACUGACCUGGCCACAGUGUCUAACCAGGAAGACAUGAAGAGACUCCAGCACCAUGUACCAGCCGGAGCCUGGAUCGGGCUGCAGAGAGACUGGCGCUGGUCUCGGCCCGGGGUGGAGUUCAACGAUAGUAAAUGGUCUCCAGGACAGCCGGAUAAUUACAACAGCAAUAAGGAGGACUGUGUGUGGAUGACGAAGGACGGAUGGCAUGACGACUCUUGUGCUUCCGUCUAUAAAUUUAUCUGCUAUGACGAACGCAAGACAUCCGGCAACACAUUUUAUGUCAGUACAGAUGAGAUGACCUGGCGAGAGGCUCAGAACUACUGCAGAACCAAUCACACUGACCUGAUCAGUGGAGUCCAGCAGCUGGAGGACUUCAAGACAAACCCCCUUUAUAUGUCAUUAUACACCCAGGAACCUGAUGAAAAACUCUGGAUCGGCCUGUUCAGGGACCCUGACUGGAGCUGGUCUGAUGGGAGCAACUUCUCUUUCACAAACUGGGAUGAACAAAACCCUGACCCUGAUCGUGACCCUAAGAAGUCAUGUGCUAUGACUACGUCAGGUGGAGCCUGGAGCUCUGAUGACUGUAAUGAAACCAAAACCUUCUUCUGCUACGACGAUUCUCUGUUCCUGAUCAAGGAGAACCGGACCUGGGAGGACGCGUUAUACUACUGCAGAGAUCUCUAUGGCGACCUGGUCUCCAUCGCCAACCUAGACCAGCAGCUCUGGGUCCAGGAGAGAGCCAAGAUGGCCACCACUUACUACGUGUGGCUGGGACUGCGCUACACCUGCACCCUGGACGUCUGGUUCUGGGUCAGUGACGAGACCAGCAACUACACCAACUGGGACCCCAGCAAGACUACGGGGGACGACUGCAACAUGUCUGGAGCCAUGGACAGAGGGGGGGGGGUACAAGUGGGUCAAAAAGAUCAGCGACGAAAACCAGUUCAAUUUCAUCUGUUCCAAGAACUCCCAACCACAAUGUAACUAAGUACUUUUACUCAAGUACUCCCGUAGUAAUGUUGGGGGGAUGGAGUAAUUAUACCUCAAAGGUCAAACUAUGGGGAAAGGUCCUAAUAUUUAAGAAAAAAAUGUAAUAUUUCGGAAAAAAGUCGUAAUAUUUUGGAAAACAGUUGUAACAUUUUGGGGAAAAAGUCGUAAUAUUUUGGAAUUUUCUUUUUUAAUAUUUUGGAAUAAAGUCGUAAUAUUUUGGGAAUAAAUUCAUAAUAUUUUGGGAAUAAAUUGUAAUAUUUUGGGAAUAAAGUCGUAAUAUUUCGGGAAUAAAGUUGUAAUAUUUUGGGAAUAAAGUCGUAAUAUUUUGGGAAUAAAGUUGUAAUAUUUCAGGAAUAAAGUUGUAAUAUUUUGGGAAUAAAGUCGUAAUAUUUUGGGAAUAAAGUUGUAAUAUUUCAGGAAUAAUGUCGUAAUAUUUUGGGGGGAAAAGUCGUAAUAUUUUGGGAAAAAAGUCGUAAUAUUUGGGG